CAACCUUUGUACUUCACACCGUAACCUGGUUCAAACACCAUGUUUAUCGUUUUACACUUUCCACGUAGAUAAAGUCCACUUUAUAUACAGCACACUUCUAUAGUGAAACAGUUUUGGUGUAAACAUGACUGCGGUAGUUAAAAAAGGGAUCGUCAUUGUUGCGGCUAAACGCACACCCUUCGGUACUUACGGAGGAAAAUUCGCUAAAACUUCUGCAACAGAACUACAGACAGUUGCAGCAAAAGCUGCACUAACUGCAGGAAAUGUAAACCCUGAAUUAAUCGAUACAGUAAUCGUUGGAAAUGUGAUCACUCAUUCUUCUUCUGAUGGAGGUUUUCUAUCUAGACACGCUGCCUUAAAAUCCGGCGUUCCUCAAGAUCGUCCAGCUCUUCUUGUCAACAGACUUUGUGGUUCAGGAUUCCAGUCCAUCGUCAAUGCCGUCCAAGACAUACAAACAGGGGUUGCCCAGAUAUCCCUUAGCGGUGGUGCAGAAAAUAUGUCUCAAGGUCCACAUAUAGCCAGAAAUCUUCGUUUCGGUGUCCCACUUGGCCAGAAUGUUGUUCUAGAAGACACUCUAACUUCUGGUUCUUUGGACACAUACUGUAAACUGUCAAUGGCACUUACAGCUGAAAAGUUGGGAGCUCAGUACAACCUUACAAAAGACGAAGUCGACGAGUUUGCGUUGAGGUCGCAACAGAAUUGGAAAGCUGCUCAAGAUGCUGGUCGUUUCAAAGAGGAGUUAGCACCAGUUACUAUUAAAAGUAAAAAAGGAGAAGUCACGGUGGACGUUGAUGAACAUCCACGCCCUCAAAGUACUUUGGAAGGACUGAAGAAGCUACCUACAUUGUUUAAGGAAAACGGACUAGUUACAGCCGGCUCAGCUUCUGGCAUCUGUGAUGGUGCUGGAGCAGUCAUUGUUGCCAGUGAAGAGGCAGCUGGUAAACAUAAUUUGACACCGUUGGCCAGAAUAGUUGCCUUUUCAAUAGUGGGUGUUGAUCCUUCAAUAAUGGGAAUAGGACCGGCACCUGCUAUCAGAAAUAUUCUUAAAGCAACUGGAAAGACUUUGAACGAUAUUGAUUUGAUCGAGAUUAAUGAAGCUUUUGGUGCUCAGACUCUUGCCUGUGCUAAAGAGUUGAAACUGGAUAUGACCAAACUGAACGUGAACGGUGGUGCCAUUUCUAUUGGACAUCCCCUAGGUGCUUCAGGAUCUAGAAUUACCACUCAUUUGGUUUACGAGUUAAGACGAAGGAAAGCGAAGUUUGGAAUUGGAUCUGCAUGCAUUGGAGGUGGGCAAGGUAUUGCAAUCAUGGUUGAAGCUCUGUAAUAAUUGUUUUUUUAAUUUACCUUGGAUUUUAUCAAGAACCUUAUAUCGAUAAUUGCAUAACUGUAUUUUACACACCUGUAAUGGCUAUAAACAAAAUAAAGUUUAUCUUGAGUGUUUGGUACACAA